AUGACCAUUUCCGGACAGUCAUGCUGCGGCCUAACUCGACGCCCGUUGAAGGCUUGGAUCUCUGCUCGUUCUCUGGAGCUGUUCGAACGCCGCAAAGAUAUCCCCGCGGAAUCAGAUUGCAACGAGCGGCGACGUUCUGCCAACCGGCUGCUCAAGCAAAGCCUACGCAAAGAUCGCGAGACAUGGUGGUCUGAGCGUGCUUUAGAGAUGGAGACCGCUGCCCUCUCUGGCAACACUUACAGGCUUUUCCAACUCAUUCGGUCUACUCGCCUCAGGAAACCUGUUGUCAGUGAGGUCAUUUGUGAGGUGGAUGAGUCUCUGAUCACCAACCAACAGAGGCGUAUGGACCGCUGGGCCGAGCACUUUCAUUCGCAGUUCAACUGGCCUCCACCAUCCAUCAAUACAUGCAGUACACGUUGUUGUCCACCCUGGCUCGUCCCUCUAAAUUCACCCAGCGAAGCGGAAGUCGGCCUUGAGAUUCGACGCUUGAAGUGCUUCAAGGUUGCCGGCUUAGACGGACUUCCUUCGGAACUAUUCAAGUACGGCGGUGUGGCGAUCAUUAACCAGCUGACCUCGCUGUUCGCAAAAAUUUGGCAUGAAGAGAAAGUGCCUUCCUCUUGGGGCGAAUCAGUUAUUGUCCCGAUUUUCAAGAAAGGCGCUCGCACUUCAUGUGUAAAUCAUCGCGGCAUUAGUCUUAUUUCGGUUGCCUCUAAGCUAUUGGCAUCCAUUCUGCUUCGCAAACUAUCCCCAGUACGUGAAUCAUACUACCGUGAAGAACAAGCUGGUUCCCGUCCUAGCCGCGGAGGCAUGGAUCAAAUCUUCACGCUCCGCCAGCUCCUCGAACAUCUCCACAUUUAUCACAGGCCCACUAUCGUUGCAUUCCUAGACGUACGUGCCGCUUUUGACUACGUUGAUCGACCUGCUUUAUGGCGUUUGUUUCUAAAGAACGGGGUGCCAGAGAAAUAUACCGCCAUCUUACGAGCACUUUACCUUCAUACAUCCGGCAGAGUGAGGGUCUAUGGCAAGCUUUCCUCGCAAUUCGCUGUCAAUAGCGGUGUGCGACAGGGCUGCCCUAUGUCCCCAUUCCUCUUCAACUUCGCAAUCGAAGACGUUCUGUCGAAUGCUCUAGAAGGUUUCCAACAUUUUGGCCUAGAGCUUCUACCGGGUGAGCGCGCGACCGACUUAGAUUAUGCUGAUGAUAUCGCCUUACUUGGUGACGAUCCUGAGAGUAUGCAACUCAUUCUGGAUCGUUUGGCGGUUGAAGCAUCUAAGUAUGGCAUGAGCUUCGCCCCAUCGAAGUGUAAGGUACUGCCCAAGGAUUGGCUUUCACCUGCUCCCGUGCUCACUCUCGAAGGUGCACAACUUGAACAGGUAGAUAGUUUCGUCUACCUCGGGAGCUGUGUUUCUGCUGACGGCACUAUCAACAAAGAAGUUGCUCUUCGUAUCGCUAAAGCUCGAUCAGCAUUUGUCAAGCUGAGGCACUUGUGGCGUCGUCGCGACGUCUCAUUCUCACUAAAGGGCCGCGUUUACAGCGCAUCAGUACGCUCAGUAUUGUUGUAUGGGGGCGAGUCCUGGCCGAUUCGCGUGGAAGACAUGCGUCGUUUUUCUGCCUUCGAUAACGGUUGCUUAAGGAGGAUCGCUCGGUGUUUGUUGGCAACAUCGAGUUAA